AUGCGAAGCUACACCAUCACUGAUGUGGUCGAUAUUGGAGAAACAAUAUCAGUGGAAUUAAAAUCAAAUCUCAAUUCUGAUACAAAAGCAUCACAGGAUCCACCACGAUGUAUUCAUCCAGCUUUGUUAAAAAUAAAUAAAAAAGAUAGUUCAGCUAUUUCAAACUAUCCACCUUCACAACGAACUAUUGAACAAAAACGAGAAAAACAAUAUUUACCAUCACUACGACCAAAAUCUUUUAGUGAUAUUCUUAUUCCUAAUGAACUUAAUGUAACUAAUGGUGGAGGUCGGUUUUUGCUGCAUGAUAAUGAUGAUGUUGGCCAUGGAAAGAUUGUAUUAUCAUCUGAUGAUGACCUUGAUUGCCUAUUGAAUUCUGAAAACUGGCACUGUGCUGAAACAUUUAAGGCACGCUAUGAUUUAGCUAUUAAAUCUAUUCCAAUAAAUGUGGUAUUUUUUUUCUAUUAA